UAGAAAUGUCAACCUUCCACCAUCACCCAACAACACCCAUUUCACUCUCUCUAUUAAUUCCUCUGAAAACCCAUCAAAUUAUCUCUCUCUCUCUCUCUCUCCUCCAAUUAUCUAAAACUCCCAUCAAACUUUCUUUCUCUCUCCUCUAAAUAGCUUAAAAACCCCAUCAAAAUGGAGCAGAACUUGAGAGGAACACCCACUCAUGGAGGAAGGUAUGUACAGUACAAUCUGUACGGAAACGUUUUCGAAGUUUCUAGUAAGUAUGUUCCUCCUCUUCGCCCUGUUGGUCGUGGCGCUUAUGGUAUUGUCUGUGCUGCUGUCAAUUCAGAAACACAGGAAGAAGUUGCAAUCAAGAAGGUCAGCAAUGCAUUUCAUAACAGAAUUGAUGCCAAAAGAAUACUCCGUGAAAUCAAACUUCUUCGUCACAUGAAUCAUGACAAUGUUAUCUCCAUCCGGGACAUAAUACGACCUCCACAGAAAGAGAACUUCAAUGAUGUAUACAUGGUUCAUGAACUGAUGGAUACUGAUCUUCACCAAAUAAUACGAUCCAACCAACAGUUAACAGAUGAUCAUUGUCGGUAUUUUCUCUAUCAAAUUUUACGAGGCUUGAAGUACAUUCACUCGGCUGGUGUGCUGCACCGUGAUCUGAAACCUAGCAAUUUGCUAAUGAAUGCAAACUGUGACCUUAAGAUUGGAGACUUUGGACUUGCAAGAACAACUUCAGAAACCGAUUUCAUGACCGAGUAUGUUGUCACUCGGUGGUAUCGAGCUCCAGAAUUGCUUCUAAACUGUUCCGAGUACACUGCUGCAAUUGAUAUUUGGUCUGUUGGAUGUAUACUUGGGGAAAUCAUGACCAGAGAACCCCUUUUUCCCGGAAGAGAUUAUGUUCAUCAGCUGAAACUUGUUACUGAGCUCAUAGGUUCACCUGAUGACUCCAGUAUAGAAUUCCUACACAGUGACAAUGCUAAAAGAUAUGUUAGGCAGCUUCCUCAAUAUCCAAGGCAACAAUUCUCUGUUAAAUUUCCAAAUGCUUCUCCGCUGGCUAUUGAUUUGCUGGAAAAAAUGCUAGUCUUUGAUCCCAGCAAGCGUAUUACAGUUCACGAGGCACUUUGCCAUCCAUACCUUGCCCCUCUACACGACAUCAACGAGGAACCUGUUUGUCCCCAGCCAUUCAGUUUUGAUUUUGAGCAGCCAUCUUUCACUGAAGAGAACAUCAAAGAGCUCAUUUGGAGGGAGUCUGUGUCAUUCAAUCCAGACCCCCUCAUUCGUUAAUUGUUGUACCAGAAGUGACUUUCUUUCAAGAGACGAUGAAAGUGAAACGUGACACGGUGAUAAACAGUGGUAUAAUGCCCUCUUUGUUCUGAAGAAUAGCAGAAUGUAAAUUGCUUAUAAUAGUAGAUUUUGUGGUAAAUCACAGCUUACCAUAAAAUCUAUGGAGAUUCCUUUGAAUGCCACGGAAAAAAGCAUGUACAUACAGCACGAUUCUCCUGUAUAUUGCCAGAUUAUAUACCACUUUCCGUCUUUCACUAUUAAAGACGAUUGCUUUAUACCUUAUUACCUUAGGAAUGUGGAUUUUUUUUUUCUGUCUUGUUGGAUGAUGUAGCAUCUUGUUGUAUUGAAUUGAUUCAAAAUGCGCUAUUACAUAAUAUUUGACUCUAGAUUGUAUGAGGUCUAUGUAUCAUUAAUAUCAUCUCACAUUUUUCCAUAUGAGUA